AUGUCGCUUCUAGCCGGCCUGAAGUUCGUCAAGAAGCCAACUCCUGGCGCCGAGAAUAGGGGGGGGGGAGGGGAUGACAGUCCCAAGACGGUGGAAGGGGAGAAGCAGAAAGGCGAGAAGGAGCGGCGCCACAAGGACAAAAAGAAGGACAAACGGAAGGACAAAAAGAAGAAGUCGUCCGACCACAACGAUACGGAAGAACCCUCCUCCAAAAGGAGGAAACAUCAAGCAUCGGCAGGGGGCGACGGCGGCAUGGAUUGGAUAGACGCCGCGCUAGCGGUCGGUGAUGGCAAGGGAGUAAGGUUGGGGGAAGGCGAAGAGCCCACAGCUAAGGAGAUUGCGGCGAAAAAUCGCGAGGAGGAGAUCGACCUGGAAGUGGUGAAGGGUCUCAGGGACCCCAAAACGAGACGCAAAUAUGGCUUGUACGAUCCGCUCAAGGGCGAACGAAAGGACGUGCCAGCCGGUGCCAGCGGCAGAACCGACGGGGGCACAGCGGGAGGGCUGAGGGGGGGGGGGGGGGGGGGUGGACUGCCCGCGACGUUCUCCCCUCCGAAGUUGACGGGCGUCGGCGACAAGGGUGCCGGGUGA